UGUGUUAUGUAUAUUCCUCAGAGGCCUGAUGAUUGAUACUGCAUAUGAUUUCCUAACCAUCUCACAAAUUGAGGAGACACUGGACCUCAUGGCUAUGAAUAAACUCAAUAUGUUUCACUGGCACAUUGUGGAUGAUGAAAGUUUUCCAUAUGUUAGUACAACCUAUCCUGAACUCAGUAAACAAGGAGCCUACAGUCCAAGCCAUGUGUACAGUGCUAGUAAUAUUUCCAGUGUUAUUGAAUAUGGCAAGAUGAGGGGAAUCCGUGUCCUGCCUGAAUUUGAUACACCUGGUCACACUCAGUCCUGGGGCUCCCAGCCAGGACUCCUGACACCUUGUUACAAGGAUAAUAAACCUGAUGGAACCUUUGGUCCUAUUGACCCAACCAAUGAUGCAAACUAUGAGUUCUUGAGAACCUUUUUCACAGAGGUUACAUCUCGGUUCCCUGAUCAUUAUGUCCACCUUGGGGAUGAAGUCAGCUUUGACUGUUGGAAGAGCAAUCCUACAAUCACACAAUACAUGUCUCAGCACAACAUUACUGGAAACUACAGCAAAUUGGAAGAAAUAUAUAUCACAAAACUUACUCAGAUCAUCAGUAAUCUUCCAACUAAAAAUGGAUACUUGGUGUGGCAAGAAGUAUUUGACAAUGGAGUCAACAUUGCUGAUGAUACAGUGGUGCAUAUUUGGAAGAAUGGAAAUGCACCAUUAGUCUUCAAACAUGAACUUGAUCAAGUGACUGCAGCCGGUUAUAGUACAAUUCUGUCGUCAUGUUGGUAUCUCAACUACAUCAGCUAUGGUGUUGACUGGCACAAGUAUUACGAGUGUGAUCCACAAGAUUUUAAUGGCUCAGAUAACCAAAAACGACUGGUGCUUGGUGGAGAGGCAUGCAUGUGGGGAGAAUACGUAGACAGAACCAACCUUAUCUCACGCACUUGGCCUCGUGCUUCAGUUGUGGCAGAGAAGUUGUGGAGUAGUAAAUUCCACACCAUUGACAGCAAUGCAGCUUCCCCACGGCUGGAGGAACACCGGUGUCGACUCCUUGGCCGAGGCUAUGAUGUUGAGCCUCUCUGGCCAUCUUUCUGUGCUGCGGAUAUUGCUUAAGUUUAGGAUUUCCUGAAGCUGCAACACAAAAAAAAGGAGUAACAUUUGAAAAGUAUUAUAUUUCAAACAUACAUAACAUCAAACUUUUUUAUAUUUUUACUUCCAAAGUUCCUGGGUGCACUUUUCUACACUUACUGCAUGUUUCUGGCUUCUGAAAGACAAGAGCAGCAGCAGAAGAGUAAUUGUGAGGCUAGCAUGUCUAUUUAUUCUUCUCUCUUACACACUGUUGCCCUCAGGGGAUAACCAUGGUGGAUCUCCACCUUUCCCUGUUCUGGAGCUUCCACACAUGAUUUCAACCUAACAUAAAAUUAUGCAUGAUGAAAGCAGCAAAACAAUGACAGCAAAUGAAAUGGAAGUGAGGAAGUUAUUGCUUUUAUCAUCUAAGUAUUACAAUUACUAUUUACAAUGUGCACUGUGGUAAAUAGGUAACAAAUAUAUUAAUUCUGUAUUUUUAUUCAGAUGUCACAAUAAUGCAUUUGCUUUGAAAGUUUACAUACUUAUCACAGAUAAAUCUGAAUGUACAGUUUAAUGAAGGUUAUGAGGUUAUAUGAAAAUUAAAAGCUAUAAAACUCAAUGAGACACCAUGGUGACAAAGAACCAAGCAACAUUCAAGUGUGUGCACGAAGACUAAGCACUUCUUCCGGGAGAUUUGCCACUUGGCUAUAUGGUGCCACACACACACACACAAGAAAAACAAUAAUAAUGCAUACAUAUUUCAUUAACAGUAAGCAAUAAAUAGUUACUUACAGCAUAAGAAAACCCAUCUUAGUCAGUAAAAAUAUGAUAUAAAAA